AGUCGUUCACUAUCUCAUCGUGCGUUCCUUAGAGUUCACUCUGUCAUCUACAAUUCUUAUUUGACUGUAACAUCACCAAAACCACUUCGUCGAGACUCUGACCAAUUGUUGCGGCAUCAUGUCCUCAGCUGGAUCUACUGGGGUAUCUCCUGAACGGACUGUCCCCAUCCUCGCUGCCAGUGUGCAGGUCGAAAACUCAAAUCCCUCGCCACUUGCCCCAAGCUCGAAGGCAGCUGGCAGGAACAUCCCCGCAAAGAAGAACAUCGCCGCUCUAUCCACUUCGAAGCUGGCGAACCAAGGUCUUCCAAAGAAGAUGAAAAUCAGCCAUGAUAACUCGACCACCGACCAGGUGUACCCCGUGGAUAAACUCCUUGCGAAGCUCUCCGAGCAGCAAUCUGCCCUGAACCAGCAAAAUGAUGCUACCAAGCUCAGGGACGACACCAGCCAGUAUGCGAGAGCAUUUGAUCAUGCAUCUUCGAGUAACUCUCUUCCCGUCACUCCUGCUACUGAUGCUUUUCCAAGCACAGCUCCUACCACGCGCCCUGCAAGUGCCACCUUGGACGAAGCUCGUAGCGAGAGUGAAGAGGUAAUGCGCCUGAAGUUACAGCUCGCCCAGGCACAGAACGAAAUCUCGAAGCUUGAUCAGGAACUAGCUGAGACACGCGUUGUGAAAACCACAGCUGAUGUGCCCCCCUUCGGAACCCGCGGUCCAAUUUAUCCCCCUCGCGAGAAUGCCUGGGGGCCCCCUGACGACAAUCAUUCUGACACCAGUGAUGCUAUGCCCGCUUCCACAUUCAACCGCACUCGAGAGAUCUGGGGCAAUCAGCCAAUUUUCGCCAACACAGUCCAGGCACCAGUGAUUGAACCAACCCCAGGAAAGUGGCUCGGGGGGCGUGUCUUCAGCCAACCUUGUUCUGAACCUACCGGGACACCUUUUCCCGUGAUGGAAGGUUAUCGAAGUGAACGUCUGACCCCAGAUACGGAGAUGAUGCGAUCGAACUAUGGACGUCAGGGAAACCGCUUCGAGGGCCGUUUCAACUCACCUCAGCCAUUUGGACCUGGCUACGGAGGAGGAUUUAAUAGUCCCAUGAACCAAUCCGACUACAUGGGAAGUCCUGCACCUGGAGCACCAUCGAAUGCUCCCCAAGGGUUGGGUCCUAUGGGUGUCUAUCCACCAUAUCAUAACCCUGCUGGAACACCUCUCUCGCCUCACGCUUCCGAGUUUACCACUGGUUCUGGAUGGAAGAACGAGGUUGGUUUGCGUGCGUUGUACUCACACAAGACACUAAACCCGAGACAGGUGUUGGCGCCCGAUGACCAGACCUACCUCGCUCCGACAGAGCCGCUGAAUUACCGCCGUCUUUUGGAUCGCAACGUGAACUGCAACUGGAAGUACAUUGUUGACAAGAUCGUCUGCAAUAACGACCAACAAGCCUCCAUCUUCCUGCAGCAGAAGCUCAAGGUCGGAACGGCCGAGCAGAAGUUCGAGAUCGUCGACGCGAUCGUCGCCCAGGCCUAUCCAUUGAUGAUCAAUCGCUUUGGCAACUUCUUGGUGCAACGAUGCUUUGAGCAUGGAACACCCGACCAAGUCAUCAACAUCGCGGAAGCCAUUCGGGGCAACACGUUGAAUCUCUCUAUGGAUCCCUUCGGAUGUCACGUCGUUCAAAAGGCAUUUGACUCUGUUCCUGAAAACUUCAAGGCUAUCAUGGUCCAUGAACUUCUUCGUCGAAUCCCGGAGACGGUCAUUCACCGUUACGCCUGCCACGUCUGGCAAAAACUUUUUGAGCUGCGUUGGACAGAGUCACCUCCGCAAAUCAUGAAAUUUGUCAAUGACGCUCUCAGGGGGAUGUGGCAUGAGGUUGCCCUGGGGGAGACCGGUAGUCUUGUCGUGCAGAACAUUUUUGAAAACUGCCUCGAGGAGGAUAAGCGCCCUUGUAUCGAAGAAGUCCUUGCCAACAUUGACAUCGUCGCCCACGGACAAUUCGGCAACUGGUGCAUCCAGCAUAUUUGUGAACACGGUGCUCCCCCUGAUCGCAGUCGAGCUAUUGACCAUGUUAUUCGUUACGCUGCUGAGUACAGUACCGAUCAGUUCGCUUCAAAGGUCGUCGAGAAGUGUCUCAAAAUUGGAGGCGCAGAAUUCCUUGGUCGCUACCUGGACCGAGUCUGUGAAGGUCGUCGUGACCGUACUCGCAUCCCACUGAUUGACAUUGCAAGUGACCAAUACGGCAACUAUCUCAUUCAGUGGAUUCUUAACAAUGCCUCCCCCCAGCAUCGCGAAAUCGUUGCUGCCCAUAUCCGAAAGCACAUGGUUUCCCUGCGAGGCUCCAAGUUCGGCUCCCGAGUUGGUAUGCUUUGCACGAACCACGCGGUCGCAACUCGUCCUGGUCCUGGUGCUGGUCCUGGAAUGGGCGGACGCAUGGGACCUGGGCCACGCUAUAACAACGGUUACCGCUAAGGUCUUUCUACCUUGCCCAUCCAUAUUUGACAUCGACGAGGACAUCUGCCUGCUGGAAAUGUAGAGCGUCCCUCAUUCUACCGUUGUUUUCUUUUCAUUCUUUUUUUCAUCCGUGUCAAGGUACCCUAUCUGAAUCACCAAUCAUUCCACUC